AUGCAACCCGACAUUCGUAGUGCAUUAUUCGGCGUUGCACUACAACUAAGUGGAACAGCAACACCACACACAUCAACAAAUAAGUUCUUAGAAUCAGCAUCAUUAUCCACAAAUCCAAAUUCAUAUCCAUCGCGUCGCACGCAAUCAGCCGAUCAAGAUGAAUCAGAGCAGUCUGGUCCAGCAGGACAAAAUUCCACACCACGUUACAGUCUACAAUCAACACUGGUACAAACGAGCAGAAAUGGGGUCAUUCCCAGUAUAAGAAUAUUACGAGAUACAGCAACACAAACGGAAUCCAAUGAGACAAUGAAUCAUAUGUUAUCGCCGUCGAUUCAACGUCCAUCUAAGUUAGACCUACCAUUAAAUGACUCUCAUAUAUCAGAAACAAGAGAAUAUACUUGCCCUCUAUCGCCUUCGUCAUCAUCAACAAAAAACUCUAGUCUUGUUAAAGCAGCAUUACUGGGACUAUGGAACGGUUUAAAUAAUGAUGAUAACAACAUUAUAAUGAGAUCGGCAGCCAGUUCACCUAUUGAUAAUAAAUAUUAUGAAGAUAAAGCACGAACGCAUACACCAAACUGGAAAGCAUUUACUAAAGUGGUGACGUCGUUACUACAUUUUACAAGGAAAACAGAACGCUAUGAAUGGAUUCAAUUAGUAGGUCAUGCAGGCACAUUUAAAGAAGGUUACCAUGAUGGCUUUAUACUAAAAGAAUUAUGUGAACAAGAAAAACGAUGUUUCGAGUUACUUCAAACAGAUGCACUAAGAACAUUUGUUCCACGUUAUAUUGGCACUGUCCGUGAUGACGAAGGAAAAAAUUACAUUCAAAUUCAAGAUUUAUUAGCCACAUUUCGAGAUCCAUGUAUUAUGGAUUGUAAAAUUGGUGUACGAACGUAUCUUGAAGAAGAUUUGGCAAAAUCUGAAAAAGAUCCCGAGCCUAGACAUGAUCUUUAUAAUAAAAUGAUACAAAUUGAUCCAUCAGCGCCGACGGCUGAAGAAAAUGAAAUAAAAAAAGUUGUUAAACCACGCUAUAUGAUAUGGCGUGAAACAUUAAGUUCAACAGUUGAGCUUGGGUUUCGAAUUGAAGCAAUUAAAAAAUCCCGUGGUUUAAUGUCAAAAGAAUUUCAACGGAUAAGACGUCGAGACGAAGUUAAAAAACAAAUCGUGGAGUUCGUGGGAAAUUCAUUGCCAAGAGCGAUUCGUUAUUUGAAUCGAUUAAAUGAAUUGAAAAGUAUAUCAUAUCGAUCAAAAUUUUUUCAGACUCAUGAGUUAAUUGGCUCAUCAUUACUCUUCAUUCACGAUAAUAAUGAAGCAUCGAUAUGGAUGAUUGAUUUUGGAAAAACACAACCUCUAAGAUCAGGUAUAAAACUCACACACGAUCGUUCAUGGAUGCGUGGUACACAUGAAGAUGGGUAUUUAAUUGGUAUUAAAAGUUUAAUUGAUUUAUUCACAGAUAUUAUCGAAGAUAUACGACAACAACAACGAUAA